AUGUGUUCCAUGCAGGAAUGCAAAAUUUUACGUCACUUCCGGCGCACUGAGCAGAGAAAUUUGGACUUAUAUACAGGACGCCAUAUUGGGGCACGAAGCGUUCCAUGCUGGAACGUAAAGCUUUGCCGUCCGUGGAUACGCCGCGUCACUUCCGGUGUGCCGCGUGCGUUCGACAGUAGCUACGAUUACACGUGGAGACGCCGCGCCGCUUCCGGGAUGCCGCGUGCAUCCCACGGCGGCAAAGGACCAAACACACCAGGAAAUAAUUGA